UUGCUAUCUAGUUGGCAUUGAAAAUUGCAUCUGUAGAAUAACCUGCGUUUCUAAGCAGUUUGUUUUCUUGUUUACUUGUUAAUUUUUUUUUAGUUUUUUUUUGUUAGUUUUAGUUUAUUUGGUUACAAAAAUCAAUACAGUAUAUCAUUUGAUCCUAAAUUUAAAAUGAACGUUAUUUUCAAACUGUUAUCAGUUUUUAGUUUAUUUGUUCUGUACUCCUCUGGUGGAGAAUCAUCAUUCAAUGAAAACCAACACAAAAAUGAUAUUUCUCAAAGCUCUAGUGAGGAUAAUUCUCCUAAGCACACAGUUACUGAAGUUUCAUCUGCCUCUAAGAUAAAUUCGGAAUUUUGCAGUGAUGAUUUAUCAUGUUCAAUAAUUGCACCUAAUGAUAAGCAUGGGUUAGAAGCUAUAAGAUCUCUACACAGGCAGUUAGACGAUGAUGCUAACGGUGCUGUAGACUUAUCUGAAUCCGAUGAUUUUCUGAGAGAAGAACUACAAUAUGAAAGUGGAGCCGAGAGGAGACAAAAAGCUUUUCACCGCAAUGAUGAUAUGCAUGUAUCUGUAAAAGAACUAUGGGAAGCCUGGGUUCGAUCAGAAGUUCACAAUUGGACAAUUGAACAAACUGUUGAAUGGUUAUCCAUUGGUGUUGGCUUACCACAAUAUUCACAUGUGUUUGCAGCCAAUGGUGUAGAUGGAGCUACACUUCCUAGGUUGGCUGUGAAUAAUAUGCAGUAUCUUAAUAAUGUCCUCGGAAUUAAAGACCCUAUUCAUAAACAGAAAAUUGCUUUGAAAGCAAUGGAUGUUGUUUUAUUUGGACCACCUAAAGAAUCUAAUAACCACGUGAAAGAUAUAGUAUUGGUAACAUUACUCAUGGCUGCUCUGAUUGGAUUUUGGUACACUUACAGAAUGAAUAAAAUUUCCAAAAAACAUUUAAAACGCAUGAUGAAAGAAAUGGAAAGUUUGCAGAAAGCAGAACUAACAUUGGAAGAUUUGCAGAAAGAACUUGAGCGAGCCAGGCUGGAACAAGAAUCUGCUACAAAUGAAAAGCAGGAUUUAGAAAAAAAAUUAAUGGAACAUGGGGAUAGUGCUGAAAUAAGAUCUUCAUGCUCAGAUUUAGAAUUAGCAAGAUUAAAAGCAGAAAAUGAGCUGUUGAGGAAUGAGCUUGAAAGGGCCGAAGGUGAGUUAAAAGACCGUUGUUGUAUGCCGCCACCAGGUCUUCAACAGUGGCUUCAGUUGACUUACGAACUUGAAAAUAAGACCUAUUUUAAAAAGAAAAUGUCUGCUGAAAAGCAAUUGCAAACUGCUAGAGAAGCUUGUGAAAAAUUGAGAAGAAAACGGUCGAGUUUAGUUGGAGCAUUUGUUUCAACUCAUGGAAAAUCCAUCGAUGAAGUUGAUCGUAGCAUUGUUGAUGCAAGGACCUCACUUAAUGAAGUCACUCAAGAAUUAGCUGAGAGAGUUCAUAGAUGGAAAAAAAUUGAAAGGAUUUGUGGCUUUAAUAUUGUGAAUAAUAGAGGACUGACAGUCUUAGAAUCUGAAUUGUAUAAAGGAUCAACAAAUGGCCGUAGUUUAGGAUUAAAAGGGAGGUUGAAUAGUCAAGAUGGACUUGAUGAUGACACUAAUAGUAUCACAGAUCGUGGAGGUGGUGGUGAUUCAUCAAGUAGUGAAAAAUUAGAAGAUGAUGACAAUAGUUCCUUGAACAUUCCUUCUGAACCUGUGGAAUUUAUUGUUGGUGGAGACAAUGAAGAAGUUACACCAAAAGGAAAAAGGUUAUCUAAACACUUUGAUUGGGAAAAAUCAAACAUUUCUCAUUCUCAGAGUCAAGAAUUUUCACCUGAAUUAGAAGGUCUUGGUAAUGCUAAAUUGUCUCAUUCUGAUUCAAAUCUUGAAUCUCCAGUAUUACCCAUCAUUCAAAGAAGACUAACCUCUAAUCGCUCAGAUAUAUUAACCUCUGGAGCAUCUCUUGAAGAAGAAGCAUAUUCUACAGAUUCUAAUUCAACUGCUGCUGAAGAUGUAAUCUCAUUAGAUAGAAGUUUGCGAAAGAAUAAGUUGCGAUUUCCAAAAUUCAGUAGGAAAUCUCGAUAUACACCACCACCUGAAAAAUAUACUUAAUGUUAUUUUUACAAUUUCAUUUAUGUAUUUUUAAUUUAUUUUUAAAUAUUUACUUCUGGUUUUAUCACUUAAUUACUUUAAAUUUUAAUAAUUUAUUUCAUAAUUAAUUUUCCUAUUAAAAAAAUAAUUUAAUAAUUAUAAAAAAUAUGUACUUAUCUUGUUGUUUUAUGUUCUUAUACAAUUAAAAUAUAGAAAAUUCAUAUUUAUUUUAUUUAAUAAUUUUUACAAAAUGUACUAUGUAAAUAAUAUUUAGUUUUAUAAACUAGGUCUUAGGCACAUAAUUGAUUGUUAUAAUUAAUUAUAUUUCAAAUGAGAUCUUUUAAUAUGUAAUGUUUUGUUUAUGACAACUUAUGGAUCUGUACAUUCAAGACUUGUUUUCCAAUUACGAAGACAAAUAAAGAAAAGGUUUUUAUUUU